CACUGUGCACGCGCCCUCGUGCACGCGCACGUGAUCGCACCCCCCACGUGCACGCGCAGGUGAGCACACACCCCUAGACACGCGCGCACCCACCCAGUUGCGCCCCGGCCCCUUUAAGGGGCGUGGCUUUAACCCCGCGGAGUGGGCGUGGCCAGCACGAUGUGGGCGUGGCUACCGCGCGGUGGGCGUGGCCCCGGCUCGGCCCCGCCCCUUGCCGCCGAUUCAAAUUUGAAGCCGCUGCUUUCCCGCGCGAACGUGCCGCCCCGGCGCGCCUACGUCAUCCCCGCGGGGCGCGGCGGGGCCAAUAGGAGCGCGCCCCCGGCCGCUUGGCCCCGCCCCCUCCGUGCCCCCCCUCCCCAGGCAUGGAGCCCGCGGGCGGCAGCAUCCAGGCGCUGCUGCGGGCGGCCGAGUUCCUGGAGCGCCGGGAGCGCGGCACCGGGACCGCCACCGGCACCGGGAGGAGCAACCGGGCCCCGACCGCACUCGCGGAGGCCGAGCACGGCUACGCCUCGCUCUGCCCCGCCCGGGCCCGGCAGGCGGCGGGGGGCGAUCGGUCGGUGCACAACGCGCUGGAGAAGCACAGGCGAGCCCAGCUCCGGCGCUGCCUGGAGCAGCUGAAGCAGCAGGUGCCCGCCGGUACCGGCACCCGGCCCACCACGCUGAGCCUCCUGCACCGCGCCCGGCUGCACAUCCAGCGGCUGCAGGAGCAGGAGGUGAGGGCGCGGCGGGUGAAGGAGCGGCUGCGCAGCCAGCAGCAGAGCCUGCGGCAGCGCCUGGAGCGGCUGCUGGGCCCCGCGGGCAGCGAGCGGCUGCGGGCGGACAGCCUGGGGGCGGACAGCCUGGACUCGUCCCGGCUCUCCGAGCACUCGGGCUCGGACGGAGAGGAGGCCGAGGUGGAUGUGGAGGGCGCGGUGUUCGGCGCGGAGCUGCCGCCGCUGGCCGCCUUCAGCACCGGGAGGGACCACAGCUACUCCAGCCCCCGCGGGGCCUGGUCCUGACAGCGCCGCCUUCCGCACCCUGCCAACCUCCUCCUGCUGGAAAUGUCGCUGCCGGCCUCGCCGCCCGGGCACGGGGCACCGGGGGACACCGGGCAGAGCCGGGCACGGCGCGGCUAACGGGCCCCGCUGCGUGCAGCAAAGCACUUCGAGGGGGGCGGAAGAGGCGCUGGCAGCCGGCCCGGCCGUGGCGGGGACACGGCCCAGCCUGAAGCUGCCAGCAGCUCGCAGCGCCCAGCCCCGCCAGGCACGGCUACUGGCCCGCUCCGCCGCCCGCCGGGGCCAGGAAGGGGAAGUGAGGGCGCCGAGCACCUCGCCCGCACGCCCCCCGCACCGCCCCGGCCCCCCUCCCCUGUACAUACCCGCCACUAUCCCAGUAAAGGCACUUGGUCCAACCC